AUGGGCCACAAGGCUUUUGGUGUGUUGGUCGGCGGAGAAGAGAUGUGCGCGCAUUGCACGGAGUCCGAGGCUCGAGGUUGCCUCGCGUACAACGCGACCUACGUCAAGGAGUACUGCGGCGGAGCGAACCCAGGAUGUCUGCGUUGCAUGCAUGAUAAGGCGGAGUGCUCAUACUCUUCGCUACACCAGAUGCGCUCCCCGUCAGACAAGGUCGCCUCUGCCACCCCAGGAAAACGCAAAAUAGGCAAUGUUGACAAAACGAGGAGGUUUCCGGAGGCAGCUCUCCUAAGCGACAGCGAGCUAACGACUAAUCGCCAGAGUUGGACGUACUACAGGCUCUUUUGGGUGAGCAGCGUCGAUAUAACAAUCUCCUCCAGACAAUAA